AUGGUGCACGCUCAUGCGCAUCGCGAUCAUCACGCUGCCCUUCAGGAGCGAAGUCUCGAGGAAAGAGAUCCCAAGAAUGAAGCCGUGACCAUCGUCUACGUGACGGCAGCUCCCACCUUUGACGGUCCUAUCGGCGGCUAUGUAACGGGCGUAGACCCGGCAGAAACGGCGACACGGCCGAAUCAGGGUGUCGGCGUUCCCGUUGGACAUACACGGCCUACCACAACCGAGGAAGAAACAACGACGGCCGAACCGAAGCCGAAAACGACCAAAGUGACGAAGCCUACGUUCACCGAAGCGGAACCCACGACCACUGAACGUACCACCAAGGCGACCAAGGCGAUCACCACCGACAACACUGAGGACAUCACCACUCCGACCACCUUCUCCACGGCCACCUCUAGCUCGACUUCGUCGCUGACUAUCCCGGGUUUGGAUACUACCACGACCACCCAUGGAUCAUCGUCUCUGGAAAAAUCGGCCUCCCCAUCGGCCUCUCCAGUUGCUGCCGGUUCGAGCUCGGGACUUACCGGGGGUGCUAAAGCGGGUAUUGCAAUUGGUGUGAUUCUUGGACUUGGUUUGAUCGCGGGUUUCAUCUUCUUCUUCAUGCGCAAGAGGAAGCAAGGGCAACAAAUGGCAGAGGCCGAAGCAGUCAACGAGAAAUCCUAUGAAGCCGAUAAUAUGCUUCCCCCUGGACCUCCGCCAAAACCCCAACCGAUGACCCCAUCUGAACCUCCACAGCUCAAUGUCCGCCCUGUCACUCAGUUUGCACCAGAUCUGACCCCUAUGGGCGCUCUCGCUGCUGGCGGGGCUGGUGCUGCUGGUGCUGGUGCUGGUGCUGGUGCUACACUGGGAGUCGCUGCAGCUGGAUCGCGUAACUUGACCGGCAAUGCCUCGCCGCCCCAUACGCCACAGUCGAGCGUCAGUAGGACAGAUCCGUUCGGCGAUCCAGUGAAUCCCUUUGGCAAUCAAGCAGAAGCUCCUUCACCUGUUGCAGUGACAGGCCCGCCGAGUCCCUCGGCGAUCCCUCUUCCUCAAUCUCCCCUGUCACCCACUGUCCCGGCACCGAGCGAUUCGGGCGUAGAAUCUGCUCUUGGAGCUGCUGCUACCGGAGCCGCAGUGGCUGGUGGUGUUGCUGCCGCUGCCGCGGCCAAACCCUCCGACAAAGACCUACCUGGCCGCCCAGAAAGCUUAUCGUCCCAAGCAUCGUCGGUUCCCGAAGGAUCGGCUCAAAGUCCUGUAAGCGCCGUUAGCGCUGAUCCUGCAUCGAUCGCCACUGCUGCCGCGGUUGCUGUUCCAGCAUUCGGACCCGGCGGUGCUGCAAGCCCUCCUCCUCCCGGGCCAAGCAAUGUUCAUCGCGUGCAAAUGGAUUUCAAGCCUUCAAUGGAGGAUGAGUUGGAGCUGCACGCCGGUCAGCUCGUUCGACUUCUGCACGAGUAUGACGACGGCUGGGCGCUGUGCGUCAAACUUGAUCGCUCGCAGCAAGGAGUCGUUCCCCGGUCUUGUCUUUCUGCCCGCCCUGUCCAGGGCCCAUGGGACCACCACCUCAUGGCUUCUAUCCUCAUGAUCCCCGCCCACGGUCACCCUCGGCCCUCGCCCCAUGUCUCCAGCUCAACACCCUCAUGGCGGACCCCGCCCCCGCGCCCGUAUCCCCAGCACCCAAUGUCUCCUGCACAGUUUCCUCCCACUCCGCGAUCGUUCUCGCCAGGUCCAGGUGGCCGGCCGAUGCCGCCAAGAUCCAUGAGUCCUGGACCUUACGGACCCCCAGGAUUGCAGAGACCGGAGAUGCCAGCGAGCCAGCGGAAACGGAGCAACAGCGCAGGUGGGUCAGUGGGAGCUAUUCCUCGUUCAACAGGAUCACCGGGACCAAGCCCUCUGGCCGGCCCAAUGAUGCCACCGCCGUCCGGUGCACUCCCAGCAAUUCCCACUCCGCCACCGCCGCAAGCACUAGUUCGAGAUGACCACGCGUGA